ACAGACGUUCACUAUAGUGGAGCAUCAGUAGGGGACGUGCAUCUGCCGCUCUACACACGGAGGCGUAUCAUCAUCUUGUACAAACCUACUGGCAAAACCGCACAAUAUGUUGUGCAACUCUGCUCUUGCAACGUGACUUUGACAGCAGAGUAUUUCUUUGUUUUUCUUUUUGAAAUUUAAUUUGGAUUAACUUUGUGGAAGAUACGUUGGCGAAAAAUGAGCGUAACUCUCAGUUGCCGUGGAUGAUGAUGAUGUCCCACGAUGAACACAGAUUUUCAAAAUCCGCUGCAAGUCCCUCGACCAACGGUCCGCAGUCACCUGACCAUCAAAGUGCAGUCCAAACUGAUGUCAAGGCCUUGUCCCCCUGUGCGUGGGUCAAAACCUCCUGUCGGCCCCAAGCCCAAACCUUUCUAUGAGUUUGUACCGCAGAGGGAGCAAUGCUCGCCACAAAGCCUCAGUAAUGGAGACCUGUCUCGCUCAAAUGGGGAAACAGGUCUUCAUGAGACGGCUGAGGAAAACCAGGACGAGGAAAAAACCGAGACAGAGGAAAAGGUUAAUGACAUAGCUGAAGGAGAAGUUAAGGCCGAAACAGAGAAUGGGGAAAAAAUAUGUAAUAAUAAAGAUGAUGACAUCGAGAGCAUUGGCUCUGAAGACACAGUUAUAGCAGAUGAUGGUUCGAGUGCAGACACCACUGAGGAUGAAAAUCCUGACAAUGACUCAACUCAGUCUGAUGCUGGACCAAACAAAGAUAAUGAUACAAUGAGCCUUUUGUCUUCUCCAAAUGAAAACAAGGAGGUGAUCAUUAGUAAGGAGGACGAAGAGGACACACACGGACUUAGUGGAAAGACUGACAUAGACGUGGAUGAACAAAAGCUUGAUAAAAUGCAUUCACUCAGUCAUGGUGAGACAGACUUUAUCCAGUUUGACUUGUCCACAGAUGACACUGAGCUGGAUGUUGGAAGAUUUGUAUUUGGAUUCUGCACGCUCCCAACAGUAAGAGAAGAGUAUCCCUACGAUGUGAUUGGCCCUACAGACGGUGCUAGUGAUACAUGCGAGUCUGUUGACCCGGCUGAAAGUGGAGAUGCUGAAGUAUGGCAACCAGAACGGGCCACCAAAGACGUCUCAGGCUGCUUUCGUUUCACAUCCAGCACUGAGGAUGUAUUUGGCCCAUAUUCAGUCAUUGAAGCUGUCCCGUCAGAUAUGACCUGUACUGCUGAUCCUGAAUGGGGUGAAGAUGACACUAAUGACAAUCCAUCAAAUGAUCAGCAAACAUCAGGUGCUUCAAACCAAGAGCCUUUUUAUGUGUCAUCAGAUGACGUGGACAAGCUCGAAGAUAAGCAAACCCUCACAGAGAAGGCUGAGGCUGAAGAGGGAGAACACUGGAAUCAGCAUCAAGACAAAGCAAAGGACACUGAGUCAGCAGAUGAGUAUGCGGACAUUGAGGAUUCUUCCUGCCCUAAAGCUGAUGACUUUGAGCAGCUGGAGUGCGUCUCAUCAGAAGAUUACGUCGAAAUAGGUGAUGAGGAUGAAGAGGAGGAGACGGAAAAGAAACACAUCAAAGGGAAAAGUGCAAAAGAGAGAACAGCUCAACGAGAGCAGGCGUUCCUCAGCCAAAGAAGGAGCUGCCAGCCUCGCCUCAGGUUAUGCAACAUCACUGUGCCUAAAGACUUAGACCUGGGCCGCACUCCGGAGCUCACCAACAGGGUCGUGUUUGCCCACACCACUGAGGCGUUUGAAGAAGACAUAGAAGAACUUGAUUGCCACAUUGUGCCUUUCUAUGAGGACACAGACUCAGACAGUGAGGAGCACAUUUAUGAGGAGGCGGGGUUUGACUCUGAAGGGGAGAACUUUUUGAACCUGGAUAGAAAAACUAUUGUGACACGUUCUCGCUCUUAUUCUGGCAAAGUUCCAGGGUACGUCCCAGAGACCGUGCCUGAGGAGACAGGAACUGAGUACCAAAUGCAUGACUACUGCACAGUGGCGUUGGAUAAGAGCAGUGAACCAGUCAGCCAAUCACAGGCACCUGGAGACAACUGCCUGAUCCCUUCUACAAAGUCUCGCCGCUUCCUUCUAUACUCCCGUUCUGCAGGGAGUCCAGAAGCAUCCUUGCCUGACCAAUCUCCAAAAAAUGAGAUCAGGAUAAAGAGGAAAGAUGACACUCUCUCACUUCCAUGUGUCAUGACUUCUUCUGGGAGCUUCUCCCAACGAAGCCACCAAUCAUCUAGUGGCAUUUCCACCCCAACCUCUCUGGUGGACAUCCCACCGCCCUUUGAACUGGCAUACAUCACCAAAAAACCAGUAACAAAGAGUUCCCCUUCCCUUUUGAUCCAGCAUGAGCCUGAUGACAAACUUAAGAAGAAGAAAAUCUCCUUCAAGCGCUUUUUGGCUCUCAAGUUUAAGAGAAAGUCAGACUCCAAAGGUUUCAGCGAUGGUUCUGUUCGUUCAUCUCGAUCUUCGUCUGAGUCCAGUCAUCAUGCCCCAGCAAGAGUCAUUGAUCUUGAUCGCAGAAGCACAGACAGUUCCCCUCAGCUCCAGUCUCGUAUUGUUAACCCCCAUCAGCGUCCCUCAGACCGUAUAUCGAACUUGGUUCUCUAUAAAGAUCAUCAGAGGAGGAAAAGUGAACUCAAAGCUUAUGGCAAAGGUGUCUCCAGAGUUGAAUCCUUCGAGGAACGCUCUCAUCGCGUCGCCAUGCCGCUGCCUUUAACAAAACCCCGCUCGAUCUCCUUCCCCAGUGCAGACACCUCUGACUAUGAAAAUAUUCCAGCUAUGAGCUCAGACUAUGAGAACAUCCAAAUUCCAGGCAGGCCGACCAGAUCGCACACUGUGACAGAGUUUUUUGAGGAUCCAAAUCGCAUGACAACGCCCUGCAAUGAGAACGACGGCUACGUGGACAUGAACAGUUUCCCUGGGAUAGACAGCAAGCCCCAGACAACGAAAGCAGAUGCUGAAAGUGCCUACACAGAACCUUUCCCACUGAGUUCGGUCUCUGCCGGGUCAGCUGAGGAGGACCAUGGACGGACGUCAGAAGAGGAAGAGGGCGCCGCUGAACAAAGCUAUGAUCGACAAAUUGAUGGGCGAUCCCGGGCGUUCUACGUUGCCAAGGAGCUUGUCGACUCCGAGAGACUGCAUGUCAGUUCCCUCAAGUAUCUUCAAGAGGACUUCAGACAAGCGGUGGGUGAGGACGGCACUCCGGUUGUGGAGGAGCAGAGGUUGGAGGAGAUAUUGGGUGUUCUUCCUCAGGUUUUCACCCUCCAUAGCAACAUUUUGGCUGAGCUGCAAGAGCGCAUUAGUCACUGGGAGGAAGGCCAGCAGGUGGUAGAUGUGCUCUUAUCACGUCGUGAAGACUUCAAGGUGUUUGACACCUUCAUCUCUGAGUAUGAUCGCAGCAUGUCCUUACUGGAUGAGAGCUGCAGAAGCAACCCAGCCUUCGCCAGCAUUGUCAAGAAAUUUGAGAAGAGACAUCCAGAAGAUACUGAAGUCCCCUUGAAACACCAGCUACUGCAGGUCAUAGUGAGAGUACUGCAAUACCGCAUGCUUCUCACAGAUUAUCUGAACAACCUCUCACCUGAUUCGAAAGAAUACGAGGACACUCAAGCUGCAUUGGUGAUCGUGUCCGAGGUGGCGGACCAGGCCAAUGAUAAUCUGAAACAGGGGGAGAACUUGCUGCGUAUGGUCCACAUAGAAUACAGCAUGAAGGGCAAGAGGGACCUGCUGAAGCCGGGCCGGAUGUUUGUUAAAGAGGGAACACUCAUGAAGGUCUCAAGGAAAAGCAGACAGCCCCGACACCUAUUUCUGAUGAAUGAUAUAAUGCUGUACACCUACCCACAGCAAGAUGGGAAAUACAGGCUGAAGAACACUUUAUCUCUGUCUGGAAUGAAGGUGAGCAAACCUGUUCUAGACAAUGUGCUGAACUGUCUGAGGAUUGAGGUGUCUGACAUCACCAUUAUACUCUCUGCCAGCUCGGUGGGAGAGAGGGAGGACUGGUUCCAUACGUUAAGUCGAGCCAUUGCGGACCACGCUGCAGGACUCUGUACAUUUGGAGGACCCUGUAAUGAGGCUCGUGAGAAGCUGUGGAUGGCCUUGGGUGAAGCUGCUCCAGUUCUGGUCCCUGUGUCUCAUGUGAUGAUGUGCAUGAACUGCACUUCUGACUUUAGCCUCACUCUCCGACGACACCAUUGUAAUGCCUGUGGCAAGGUGGUGUGUCGAGCUUGUUCCAGGAACAGAUAUCCACUUAAGUACCUCAAAGACAGGGUGGCCAAAGUGUGCGACCAUUGCUAUGCUGAGCUCAGGAAAAGAGGUUGCAGUAUGUCAGGGGCAUGUGGCAACUCAAGUCCACCGACCCACCGGGCUAGUCGCCCCCUCUCAGCAGUCUUCCAAAGUCUGCAGACGCAGAGUCUUUGGAAAAGCAGGAAGAGCACACCCUCUCUCAAUCAAUUGCCUCUUGGGGUGGAGGGUUCAACCAUGAGCGGCAUCUUGCAGCGGCGAAAGAAGAGCAAGAGGAAAUGGAAGCGGCUGUGGUUCCUUCUCAAAGACAAGGUGCUCUACACCUUCACAGCCUGUGAGGAUAAAGUGGCUUCUGAGAGUCUACCUCUGCAAGGCUUUACUGUCAAGCUGACUGAGAGGCCCGAAGGCGAUGAGAGCAGCAGUGUGUUCCAUCUCUACCACAAGAAGACCCUCUACUACACCUUCAGAGCUGAUGAUCAUCACACAGCACGCAGAUGGGUCAACGCCAUAGAGGAAGCUACAGUUUUAUAGCACCAACAAGCCAACCAUUUUACCAAUGAACAAUGUGACUGAUACAGUUUUUGCCACGACCGCCGUCCUAUCACAACCUGCCUGUCAUGGAAGCGUGUCUCAGCAGAGGAAUCUGAGCUAAGACUGCCCCCUUGUGGUAAGGAGAGUGGACAAACGCUUGAACAUCCUGCAUCUUAGGCUCAAGCACACACCUUUUGGUGAUUUGUACUGUAGUGCGACGAGCCUCUGCAGGAGCAUUCACUUUUCGGGAGCAGCUAGAAUGCGUCAUCUUUUAAAAUCCAUGUAACUGUUUGAAAAGCCUCGAUCCUGCAACUUUUGCAGACUGAUUUUAUUUUUCUACCUUUAAACAUGAUGUGCCAUUGGAUUAUUGAUUGCGUUCCAUUUUAUUGAGCAUUUGCACAUGCAGCCCGGCUCCUGUUACGGAUGUUAUGUACUGUGGCAAAAAAAAAAAAAAAAAAUGUCAAUUCACAUUUUUAAUGCUUUCUUUUUGGCCAAAAAAGGGAGCCAUUUCCCACUUUUCAUCUACAAAGUAUUGUACUGUAUUGAGAAUGUGUGGACAUGCGACACGGUAUUGCAUACUUAGUUAUUAGUUAGCAUUCAUACUUUUUUUUUCAUGGAGCAUUUCCCCAGCAUACUCAACAACAUCUCUGUAAUACAGUUACUAACAUAUUUUCCAUGUGUAGGAUUUUUAAAAGCAUUUCAAAAGUGCCGGUUUAUUUCUUCUGGUGCAGUUCGCCAUGAAUGAUCAAUGUGCCUGAUACUGAAUAGUAAUUGUUUGUAUGUUACACAAUACUGUACUACUCUUGUGUCCAGAAGAAAGUGUGUGUUUUUUUACACCUUACACUGUUACACCUAGUAUUUUAAAGUGUUCAGUUAGUUACAGCCCAUGUAAUGUAAGAAUAUAAUUUUGUGCCAUUUUAGGGCUGUAAAUAAACUGCUGGUGUAAAUCAUACUUGAUUUACCUGCUUUGGGAAAAGAAGCUCUUGCAAAAAAAAAAUAAAGCACUCAAAAUCGGAUCAAAUUUCCUUUUUAAAUUAGACAAACCGAUAUCUAAUCAUGCAUAAUUAAAAAAAAAAAAUCACAUAUACAGUAUGUUCUGUACCUAGGUAUGAAUAAGUAUGACCCUUUCAAAUUGAUUAUUUUGGUAACACUUUUUCAUUAUUGUAUAAACACAAUGUAAUGUAGGUAUAAGCAGAUGUGGGAUCAUUAGAGGUCUUUAUUAAAGUAGGGCAUUUUGCAACGCUUCUUUUAUAAAAGAAAAAAAAGAUAGUAUGGAGAUUUUUUUCAACGCGUCCAGCAUCCAUAGUUGUGGGUGUGUUAAUUAAUACGUGUAUUUGCUUACAACAACAUUAUGUUGUGUUCUAACUAUUUAUUAUCUCACAUGAUAGCUUAAAAGAAAAACAAUAAGACACUAAGUGAAGUGUUACCAUGGUAUCCAAAGCUGAAUACAUUUCAUUUUUUGACCAUACCUUAAGUGUGUACCUCUUGCAUACAGUGCAUUGUAAUUUUUUAUGUAUAUAGAUGCAUAUUGAAAUAAAAUU